AUGUUUCGUCGUCGGUACCGGAUGCAAAAACAUGUUUUCCUUCGAAUCGUUGGAGACCUUUCAUGUAGUGAUAACUACUUCACCCAACGAAUUGAUGCAGCCAAUAAAGAAGGUAUAUCACCGUUAGCAAAAUGUACCACAACAAUGCGAAUGUUAGCAUAUGGUGUGGCAGCAGAUGCGGUCGAUGCAUACAUCAAAAUAGGAAGUAGUACAUCAUUGGAAUGCAUACUUAGAUUCUGCAAAGGAAUCAUACGACUCUAUGAGGAAGUGUAUUUGCGAGCACCAACCCAAGAUGACCUGCAAAGAAUACUACAUGUUAGUGAAAUGCGGGGGUUCCCAGGGAUGAUCGGCAGUAUUGACUGCAUGCACUGGGAGUGGAAAAAUUGUCCUAAAGCAUGGGAAGGUCAAUUUACCAAGGGGGAUAAGGGAACCACCACAGUUAUUCUGGAAGCAGUUGCAUCUCAUGAUCUAUGGAUCUAG